AUGUCAAUUUCGCAAAAUAUAAUAUUGACCUUUGUUAAUCUGGACAGCGAUUGUGAAAUGAAUAUAAUACCUACCUCCAACCGCAGACUUGCUCCUUCUCUUGAUAGUACUGAUGUCCAGUUGCUACAAGCUUUGAAUGCGAUGAAAGAAGAGAUGAAGGCCAUAAAAGAUAAGAUCACACUGAUGGGUACAAGAAUUGAUGUAGUCAUCACUGGUAACAUAACUGCCAUCAAUGACAUUGAUGCCUUGUCUGCCCUUCCAGCACCUGCACAUGUGCCCACUAGUGUUGCAUCCACUUCUGCUGCCCUUCCCACCACUGAAUCAGGUGAUACUAAUGCUGUAUUUGGAUACAUUCAUGGUUAUAUGUGGAACCCAAAGCUAAAAUCAAGAGACCAGGCAGAAAUCCAAGCGAACGCCAUAAAACCAAAGUGGGCAGUUGAUGUUCAUUUUGAUCGCUCUUCAAAUAGAGAGUUAGUCAAACAACUCUUAUAUUACUUGGAAAAGAAGUUUGCUGGCACUGAUAUGAGGAUAUGCGACCUUCGUAAGUGUAUAUACACAAACUUCUGUAGUAGACGUUGCCAGCAAAGGGAACUUCUGGAAACAGAACGAGCCUUGAAUACUAAUUCAAGAAGAUCUGGCCGUGAAACUGAUAACUACACUCGCCGUCACCUUGCUUAUGAUGCUUACAAGGCUGACAUUGAUCUCAAGAUGGGUUGA